AAUGCUCUCAAGAUCUUGAUGAAAGGAGAGACCUGAAGUGGCAAGAAAAACAAAUCAGAAGUACCCAGAUUCAAUGGAAUCAUAAUCAUAGCAUGCUCCCUUAAUUUUAUAGGCUACUAUGUAAAAUGCAUAUUGAAAUAUAAAGCCGUUAUAACCUAGAUGUUAUCAACGUAAAGAACGAGAAAUGAUCGAGCAUGAGACAAAAAUAGUUCAUGAUCAGCUGUGAGUAAGUGCGUGGGUAAGUGAACUUUUGUAUUUAGUUUCACAUGUUGCAUGCGUGGGUAUGUUUAUAUUUCCAUGUGUUGGGUGUAUUUACGUUUCAGAGUGGAUAAAAUUGCAGGUGUCGGUGGAUCACGUGUGGUUUUUCUGGUAAUAGUCAUUUUUCACCUUGCCAAACAUCAUAACAAAUUAUACAUGGCUUCGCAAAACACUUUUUUAAACACAGGGGAUAUAGGGAUGUGAACGAAACAUUCAAACAUAAAACCAUGGAUAUAACUAAACUUUGCCAUUAUUAUUAAACCAAUCUCCUACAACAUUGUUUAAAAAAGCAAUAUCCACAACAUUCUAGUCAUGGUUUCGUUUGUCCUAGACCCGCCAUCAGUUGAGAAGGAGCCACCAACUGACAUGCCUCUUUUCAUGGCGAUCGCACUUGGAGUGAUUGGCUCUGCUGGCUUCAUCCUGCUGAUUUCACUGGGUUUGAUGUACUUCUAUGGAGUGUUAUGCUGUGUGAAACGAAAGACGGACAAUGGAAACAACACUCAACCAGAAGGCCGAAUGAUGGACCAGGGAAUCUAUGCUGAAAUACAACAGGAAAUUGAUCCGUCUCAACCUUCCCAAUCAACUACAAGCUACUACAUGGACUUGCAGCCUAUUCCUCGCACCAAUUACGCUGACACAACUACAAGCUACUACAUGGACUUGAAGCCUAUUCCUGGUAGCGACAAUGACGACUUCGGCAGUCCUAAUGUUACUCCAAAGCAAUUUGAGGCUGUGUAUGUGAAUAAAGACAUUACAUAUGAGAAUGCGCUGCAUAACGACCCAGACAAUCAGGAUAAUGUUAGUCCUAGUUCUACUGGAAAGUGUUCUAGUGCUGUGUAUGUGAAUACAGACGAAAAGGCGACUGAAAAUGAUUUCGGCGAUCCUCAACAUAUCAUUACCCUUCCCACAGCUUAAGAAAAUAAUGCUAAAACAACCACUACAUUUAUUUAAAAAGGAAACCCAUACCGCAUAUGUCGUCUCUGUGACAUAUUUCAUCCACGAUCAUAAUGAAGUGUGACUAACCGGGUAAAUCAAAGUUGGUAUGCUAACAUAAACAAUGCCAAACCAGAAAUGAUACAAAAAUUCCGCUUAAUUAGAAAUAAAGAGUCCUCUGUCAGAAGAAAAAAAAGGAAAACUUCCAUCGUCACAAGAUUUCGGUGGAUCAAAGUUGGUAAAGGUCUGCAUAUAUAUAUUUGGGUUUAUUUCCGUUGUUUCAAAGGAAGAAUUAUAAUCUUAGAUAAUUUAUCAUAUCAAGAACAUAAAGAACAAACUGUAAUUAGAAAACAUCUGAUGCCCAACUUUAUUUCUAAUAGUGUACGAAUAGGCUUAUACAUGGAAUAUGAUUCGUGUCAUUUUCUCUCAGAUACUAUUGUCAUGAUUGUAUCUAAAUCCUUGUCCUGUUUACUGUUACAGUCUGUUACGUGAAUUAU